ACUUAAAAACAAGUCAGAUCAUAAUCAAACCCUCCCUUCACCUCCGCACUCUCAAUCCUCCCUGCUGAGAAAAGUUGUUUUGGUGGACAAUGGAGGCGCCGCAGAAUCGAUCCUUCCCUUGAAAAACGCAUUUAUUUCCCCUACAGCGACCCCCAGCCCCCAUCACCGCCAUGCCUCGCCUUGGCCUCGGCUACGACAUGGAUCAGUUUCUGGACCACUGCCGCAUGACCAAGCCUCCGUAUGAGUGCCCCCACGCCUCCUGCGGCAAGGUGUACCGCAGCCUGGCCGGGAUACAGCACCACAUGACCACCUUCGACCAUGAGAACCCACCACCCAGCGUUGUUACCCCUAAGUCUGCGCGCAAGAAGAACAUGAAGCGUCCGCCGUCCCCGCUGGCCAACCAAGACCCAGAGCCGCCCUCGGUGCCCUACUCCCACGACAUGAAGACAGUGGAGUUUGAGGUGGACGGCAAGCUGACACGCCUCUCUGUGUACGACCCCAUUGAGAUCCUGUCCAAGCCAACACCACGACACCCACAGGAAGAUUACGAAGCCUCCAUGCCGCCCGUUGUGGAUGAGCCGCCCCCACAGGAACAGGCCCGCACCCCCUCCAUCAAGCCCCUACCCAAGACCACUGCUGGCAAGACACCUCCCCCUGCCAAGACCCAGCCCACUAAAGCCCAGCCCACAAAAACCCAGCCCGCUAAAGCCCAAACACCCAAGACCCAGCCCACUAAAACGCCUCCUUCUAAACCGCCAUCCACCAAGAGUUCAUCCACCAAAAGCUCAUCCACUAAGACAUCCGCUGCCGCCACUACGACCACCACCGCCACCACCACCACGUCCUCGUCCACCACAUCCACGUCUUCGUCUUCCUCCACUUCGUCAUCAUCGUCGUCGUCAUCCACUUCGUCCACGUCAUCCGCUUCAUCUGCCUCAUCCUCCUCAGCGUCACCCAGCACUCCCCUGCCCAAGACUCCGGCGCAGAAGACUCCUAAGGGCCGGAGCAAUGACAAGGACCGAGGGAUUGACGUGCAGCGCUACACCAUCGAGGAGAAGAAGACCAACAAGCUCCCCGAGGCGUCCUUCAGGAUCAUCGAGGACUACUACAAGAACCUGCCCGAUGCCCCGCCGCAGCCCUCCAACUACCACAGGUUCAUUGAGAAGAGUCUGGAGGAGCUGGACGAGGAGGUGGAGUACGACAUGGACGAGGAGGACCGGGCGUGGCUGCAGCUGAUGAAUGAGAAGCGCUCAGUGGACGGCAUCCCGGCGGUGGAGAUGGAGAACUUUGAACUACUUAUGGACCGCCUGGAGAAGGAGUCGUUCUUUCAGGCUCAGUGCUCAGGGCGUGACUCUGGCGUGCCGAUCGACGAAGAUGCCGUGUGCUGCAUCUGCAUGGACGGCGAGUGCCAGAACAGCAACGUGAUCCUCUUCUGUGAUAUGUGCAACCUGGCUGUGCAUCAGGAGUGCUACGGAGUGCCAUACAUCCCCGAGGGCCAGUGGCUGUGUCGCCGGUGCCUGCAGUCCCCCUCCCGGGCCGUGGACUGUGCGCUGUGUCCCAACAAGGGCGGCGCCUUCAAGCAGACCGACGACAGCCGCUGGGCCCACGUCGUGUGUGCCAUGUGGAUACCUGAAGUGUGCUUUGCCAACACUGUCUUCCUGGAGCCCAUUGACAGCAUCGGCAACAUCCCGCCGGCGCGCUGGAAGCUGACCUGCUACAUCUGCAAGCAGCGCGGGGUGGGCGCCUGCAUCCAGUGCAAUAAGGUCAACUGCUACACUGCCUUCCAUGUCACGUGUGCGCAGCAGGCCGGACUACACAUGAAGAUCGAUGCCGUGCGGGAGACCAGCGCCAACGGAACUUCAGUCACCGUGCGGAAGGCGGCGUACUGCGACAUGCACACACCGGCCGACUCAGACGCGCGUCCCCAGCUUGACGAGAUCAUGGACUCGGCCAAGAAGGCGGCGGCCAAGGCGGCGUCCAGGCAGAAGAUGAAGAAGGCGCGUAAGAUCCUGGCCGAGAAGCGGUCCGCGGCGCCUAUCGUGUCCGUGCCGACCAUCCCUGCUGACCGUCUCACCCCCUCCCUCUAUUCUGGUGUUGUCAACUCUGUGCCCGUCAUACCGUGUGAAAACAUCCAGAAAUUGGCUGCCCUGGUAAACAUGCAGAAGCGAUCUCAGUUCAUGCACCGCCUCCUCGCCUACUGGACCCUGAAGAGACAGUCCCGCAAUGGUGUCCCGCUGCUGCGUCGCCUCACCACCUCACACUCGCGGCGCAGCAACACCACGACGCGCCCGGCCGAGGAGAAGGCCGUCACCAUCAAGGAUAAGGAGCGCGUCAUUAGUGUGAGUGUUGAGGAGGCCGAGGGUCUGCGCGAGGAGAUCAAAUACUGGCAGCGGCUGAGGCAGGACCUGGAGCGGGCGCGCCUCCUCUGUGAGCUCAUCAGGAAGAGGGAGAAGACCAAGAGGGAGCUCGUCAAGGCGAAAGCCGAGGAGAAGAAGGUCCAGCUUGCUCCCUUCGUCCACCUGUUGCUCCAGACCAUCGACCAGAUACAGGAGAAGGACCAGCAGAUGAUCUUCGCCGAGCCGGUGGACCUGGUGGAGGUCCACGAUUACCUUGACGUGGUGAAGCACCCGAUGGACCUCUCCACCAUGCGUCAGAAGGCCCAGACGCACCAGUACCGGGAUGUGGACCAGUUUGCCAGUGACUUCGAGCUCAUGAUAGAGAACUGCCUCGUCUACAAUGCCAAGGAGACCAUCUUUUACCGCACGGCUGUCAAGCUGCGCGACCAGGGCGGUGCAAUCAUCCGACAGCUGAGAAGAAACGUGGAGAACAUUGGCUUUGACAUGGAGACGGGCCUCCUCCUGCCCCACCGCCCCAAGCCACUCCCGGAGAUCUCUGACAACAAAAUAAUUAAAGAAGUAGAUGAGGCACUGGCGGCAGACACAGAGGAGUGCUGGAGCCUGGAGGACCGAGAGAAGGCGCUGCUGGAGCUGUUGGACAAGGCUAACCUACUGAGGCAUCACGUGGCUCGCCUCAAGAGGGUCAAGCUUAUCAGGCGUGAAAUUGGCAUCGUGCGCAGGAAGCUGGCACUGAGUCAAUCCGGGAGUGCCAGCCACAAGACCAACGCACCGUACUACGACUCUGAUGAUGAGUCCGAGAAGGAAGACUCUGACAUUGACGACAGCUCGGUGAUCGACGAUGAAGCUGAACCCGGUGAGCCCAGCCGCCCCAGCACCCCGCCCCCCCUGGCCCCCCAGCUGGUGGCCUCGCACCUUAGCCACACCCCCACCCUCUCCUCCGGACCCAGCAGGGUGGGUGUGUCCUCCCUCUCCCCCCUGACCACCCCCUCCCCGCGCAGCCUCCACCACCGCAAGCCCAGCGUCAGGACCACCCCCAAGGACAACUUGAAACAGCGGCGCGUUGACUCAUUCUUCGCACGCAUCAACAAGCCCUCACACAAGGUCACUGUAGAGCAGCACCAACAGCAGCCACAGCAGCAGCCGCCACAACAACAACAGCAGCAGCAACAACAGCAGCAGCAACAGCAACAACAACAACAACAACAACAACAGCAGCAGCAGGAGAGCAGCACAGCAGCGGUGGCAGAUGAAGCCAAGGCCACCAAGCCAGAAGACUCGGCGCAUGAGACCCCCAAGAAACGUGGCCCAGGCCGGCCCCCCAAGAGGCCGCGCACCCUCUCCGGGCCAUCCAUCAGCCCCCCGGCCAAGAAAUUGGAGAGUGAGGCGGGCGACACGGCAGGCCAGGCCAAGGAGAGCAGCGAGGACGGCCCAGAGGAGGAACCGCCAUCCGUGCCCAGCUCUCCCUCAGGGGUCAACCGGCGCACCUCUGUCCUAUUCACCAAGAAGGCCGGCGCUCUGUUCAAGAAGCGCUUCCCUCGGCAGCGUCGCGGCUCGGGCGGGACCAACAGCGACGAGGAGACCAACCUGCCGGACCCCAAGGCUGUGCGCCGGAAGAAGACCUCGCCCACUGCGUGGAGUUAUGAUGAUGGUGUUUAUGAUGUCCGUUGUGAGGAGGAGGAGCAGGAGGAGGAGGAGGACGAGGGCCAUAAUGAUACAGUCGGAGAUGCAGUGAUUCCUUCUCCACCUCAGCACUCCUCCAAGUCUGACACGCUGGGCUUCCCCGAGGGCCUGCUGCCGCUCAACCUGUCCGACAGUGGCACCCCACCCGCCAAGGACUCCUUCAAGAUGUACCGCCAAGGGGGAGCAGAAAUCCCCCCGGAGACUGACGAAGACACCCACUCCGAGUCCAACUCCAGCCUGAUCGACACGGAGGAUGAGACAGCCUCCGAGACCGACUCCGAAGGCGGCGGCAGCGGCAGCGACUCCAGCGUGGAGGGGGAGUCGCCCGGCUCUGGCCACACCGGCGAUCAGAUCCCCCUGGAGCCCCUGGACUUGGUGUGGGCCAAGUGUCGCGGCUACCCCUGGUACCCUGCACUGAUCAUAAACCCCAAGAUGCCCAAGACCGGCUACUUCCACAAUGGAGUGCCCAUCCCAGUGCCUCCAGAUGACGUGCUGGCGCUGGCUGGCCCGUCACCCAUGUAUCUGGUGCUGUUCUUCGACAACAAGCGUACCUGGCAGUGGUUACCUCGCUUCAAGCUGGAGCCUCUGGGCGUGGACUCAGCUUUGGACAAGGCUAAGCUGGUGGAGUCAAGGAAACCGUCAGAGCGUAAGGCCGUGAAGAAGGCGUACGAGAAGGCGAUCCUACACCGGUGCCGCGUGACGGGGGAGAACACUGGCCUCAGCGGUGACUCCGACAACGAGGAACCGAGCUGAGGGCCGAGGCGCGACGGCAACGCCAGACUGGUGAGGCAGCGCAGGACACGCCGCUGUGGGUGUGCAGACGCGGGUCCACACUCCAGGGGUAGGUGUGGGUCUAGUGAGAUCCAUACGCCGGGCUGGGAAGACGACAACGGACAUUCCAGUGUGGGUGUGGCCUCUGUGGUAGCUUGAAUCCCUUACACUUGGGAUGGGUAGGGUGCGAUAGUCCUUAUGCCAGGUAGGUGAGGCGACGAAGGACAUUCCGGUGUGGGUUUGGACGAUGAAGGGUUGAAUAUGCCUCUGAAAAGGUAGAUAGGGUCCACUGAAGUCCUUAUUCCAGGCUGGGGAAGUGAUGAAGGACUUUCCGGUGUGGACUUGGACGAUGAAGGGUUGAAUAUGUCUCAAAAGGUAGAUAGGGUCCACUGAAGCCCUUAUUCCAGGCUGGGGAAGUGAUGAAGGACUUUCCGGUGAGAGUGGACGAUGGAGGCACGAAUCCGCCUCCAGUGGUUGAUAGGGUCCACUGAGGUCCUUACGCCAGGCCGAUGAGACAACUUGGGACAUACUGUGGGUGUGGACUCCAUAGGUAGACGUUAGUUGAGUGGGGUCCAGUAAUGAGGGAGCCUUAACGUUGCAGAUUUUUAUAUUUAUAGCUACUGAUAUUUAUACGAAUGUUAUUGACGUCACACGAACUUCUGAAACCAGACAUUGCUUACCAUGCUCGGUGCCCCUAAAUAAAUAGUUCACAGGACUGAAAUUAUCUGCAGAAAGUGUCGUUUGGAGUCCCCUUCCCCUCAUCAUCGGCGCAUCAUCGGUGAGCGAUAAGAGUAGACACGGAAGUGGAUUAUUUAAUUUUUUAAGUGUGGAGCUGAGAGCGUUAGAGUAAUGACUACAUAUAUGGUGCUUGUGGGUAAUUUUAGAGUACACACAUCUGACUUUUUGCUUACUAUGACUGUAAGACAUUCAUACAUAUUCAAGAGUCUGUCUCUGAUGGGAGAGUAAUGUGUUGUAUUGUAUCACGCUUACAAAUUCUACACUGCCACUGAGUAGGAGGUAAGACAGCAAGUAUUCUUAAGGUGGUCGUCUCGUGGCUGCAGGGAAGGUUCAGCCGAGACACGAGGGUUACCAGUCUGACGUGAGAUGCACAAGUGAAGCUGUGUGUCGUGUGUGUUACCUGAUUGUUUUAAGGACGGCAGCUGAGGCAGAAGAGUUAUUUUUUAUAUGUUUGUUCACUUUUACUGACGUUGCAAAAUUGUCAUAAGUUAUUUUAAGGGGAAUGCUCUUCGUUCCAUCAAGUGAGUUAGUUGCAAUGCUCACUUUGAUCUUUUUCUAUGUUUGCCUCUUCAGUCUACAGAAUCACUGGACUUAUCUUUUUACCAAAAUUUACAAGCAUGAACAGUAGACUAGUCAGGCUCGUUAUCUCCAGUGACGUUCAUGUGUGCAUUCCUUGGUAAGAGAGAUAAGGAAGUAAUGAAAGGAAGACAAAGUACAUUAGGUUUAGACGUAGUGUGGGAGGCAGCCAGGCAAGUGUUUUCCAGCAUUCAGCCUCUCUGGCAGUGAGUUUCAGUGUAAGACAACACACUGAAUGACAAGGAGCAAUGUUCUGCAGGUUGUACUACUGCUGAGGGAAGUAGUGAAGUAUAGGAGGUGUUUUAAACUUUUUAUUAUGAGAAGAGUUGAGUUGCUCAUUGUUUUUUAAUAUUAUUUUGACAGGAUUCAUAUUGUUCUGCAGAAUGCUGAACUUAUUUGUGUGUGGCAUGGUAUAGAUGUAAUGCGGGGGAAAAUGUCAGUUAUUUAAGGUUAUUGAUUUUUUAUGUUUUCCCCCACAUUACAUAGAGGUAGAAUGCGUAGGGCUGAGCAACGUAUGUGUGUGUGUGUCAGUCGCAGGUGAUGUGGUGUGUCUGAGGCAGGGAUGUGUGUGUGGCAGAAUAGAGGAGUGAUGCUUGAGAUGGAGGAGUUUGUGCAUGCAAGCAGAACUGAGGUGCUUUCGUCAUCACACUCACUUUGUUUUCAAUGUCUUGGUCCUCAUCCCUCAUUGUGUUUAAUAUGACAUGUUUGCACGACUUUCCUCUCACAUUUAACUCAUAACUUGCCACACACUGCAGUGUCACACCAACACCUGUACCUGCUUCAUAUGUAAUUGCUGGAGACAUUUUGUUGUAUCAGUAUGAAGGAGUUCUGCCAAAGUCUGCGUAGUGUUCUUGGCUCUGGUCCACCAAGAAAGGAAUGGCUGAAUAUUGAUAGAUGGCUUGUGUGAAAGUCUAUCCCUUUAGUGUUGAGGGGAGUGUUGGAAGGACUGAAUAAGGGAAGGUUUGGAAAAGGAUGGAUGGCUUGUGUGAAAGUCUGUCCCUUUAGUGUUUAGGGGAACGUUACAAGGACCGAAUGACAAACGAGUGAGCAAGACGCCAUUGGCUGCCGUCACCUUCCAGGGAGACCUUAGCAGCACGACAGCACUUGCCUUUCACUCCCAAGACUUGAGACAGCACAGGGUUACCACUUGCUUAUAGAAUGGGACUUAUCAUUUCCGCAGUUAGAGAAAACUAUAUCUAUAUAUCUAUAUCUAUAUAUCUAUAUAUGCAUUAUUAUAAUUAUAGAUAUGUGUGCUUACCCAAAUGAGAUUGCAAAUGUUUUACUGUAUUAAGAUUAUAUUUUUUUUAUGGAAAUCUAGACGUGUAAGCUUUAUGUUGUGAAGAUCAAAGUGAGUCCAUAUAAUGCUCUGGGUGGAAGGUCUCUCGUAAUACUGCCUUAGUACGACGUUAAGAGUGUGAGUGAGUGACGUGCACGUGUGGGUGUGCGGGCGGCGAUAUCUUCCAGGGGCGAGGAGCAGCAGGGGGCGAGCCACAAGCACCUCCACCGCGAGUCUGUGUGUGUUCAUCUUGCCAAAGUCAUGGUCGGCUUAGCAAAAAUACCUUAUGCUUUACUCACACGAUCUGUUCUUUAGUUUAGUGGCCAAUCUUAAUACUUUGAUGUGGUUCUGAUAUCAACUCGGACAGUGUUGUUUUGGGGUCACCCUUGUCACGGUCCAACCAAUCUGACGCUCCACCUCUUCUUUGGGUAACUACGCCAUAAUGUUUUGGAUACUUCUUGCCUGUUGUGUUCCUGUGAGUCGUCAGUAGCCUGCUAGUGUCCGCGUCUCCCGGUGGAAUACUCACGUGUAGCCUUAACCAUAGCACUCAUUACUUAGCAAACAGUGUUCUAUCUCGAGGAUUUCUAUACUUAAUUUUGUAAUGCAGUUGGUAAUUCUCUCGCAAGCAGAUUUGUUGGAUCUUGUAAUCAGUAUUAAUCACAAGGAAGGUUUGUGUCACUGCCUGAGUUAGUGUGUAAUUAUUGUCUUUGAUUUUCUCUACAACAAAGGAAUGAAGGAAAGAAACAGUUAUAUUUCUGUGUGUAUUCAGAGAUGUCUUAAGAUGCCUGUUUAGGGAACAGGAACGCUGCAGUGGGCUUCUGCUCCUGCUGUUGAUACUGAGUUUUUGUACUUUAGAUUGAGGAUAGGUACUGGCUGGCAAUUAAAGAGUCCAGCAAGUAAUCAAGCUGUUGGUGAAUAACACACAUACAAACACACACACACACACAGGUUUGGGUUCUGAAACAAGACUUUGCUUUUUCCACGAAGCACUGCCAGUUGAGCAUGAACUGAACAUACUGAAGGUGUUGUGCACCUGUACUGUGCGUCUGUAACAUAGAGCACCCAAGGCUGUAGAGUAUAGAGGGUCACGUUACCACCACCACCACCUGUACCACUAUUCACCCUGACACCCAACACUCACUAACAUUGUUCUCAGUGUAUUCUGGUAAUUGCAAACAACACUGAUUUUUCAUGCUAUACAUUUGUAAAGCAUCAUGUGUAGUGCUGUAGUGUUCAUGAAGGCUACAGGGCUACAGACACACAAACACUCCUCUGUUGUGCAGUGGAUUAAGCACUCAACUGUCUCAUGGCAGGCUGAGGUUUGCUCCUUGUUCAGACCCCCCACCCUUUUUUCUUUCCCUGACAGGAGAGGUUACUAUCCUCCCCCUUAAGUAAGCAAGGGAGAUGGUGUGUGGGGUGUGAGGUCCCAGCUGCACCCAGAGACCUGUGAAUGUUGCUCCAAGUUCAAAACGAGGAGGAUACUUAACUAUAGCUGACGAUUGUAAGUCAAGUACAUAAUCAGACCAUAAGUGAAUCACACACACACACACACACACACACACACACACACACACACACACAGACACGCGAGCAUAAAGCCCAGGCCUUGUAAAACUACAACUAGGUAAAUACACACACACACACACACACACACACACACAGCAACAAGGUUUCAAGCACGAAAUUUUUUGAGAUGUUGAAAGCCCAAAGUGGUGUCUUGUACAGUGUGAGGUUGCAGACACAUCCACAGUCAGGUACUUGGUGGAUGGUGCCAGAGGUCAGGUUAUCAGUGACAGUCUUGGGUUUUUGCAGGUGACCAGGGAUGAUGUAUGCGAGUCUCUUAUUUAUUUAUUGUCAGCCUGAGAGUGCCUGACUUUAUUUUCUGUAAUAGUGACAAUCUAGUUUUUGUCAACAAACAUUUCAUACUAAACUUGUACCAACACAGAAAUAUCAAUACCCUAUGCAUCAGUGUGUUAAGAGGUGUAAUUCUCAUGAGAGUAAUGCUGGUGGAGGCGGCGAGGAGUGGUUCUGGCGGCCUCGGUGAUACACUGGAACUGGACUUUGAGGGUUGAGACAGUCCUGUGUAUCUGUUCUUUGCUUGUGUGGAGUCUUGCAUCCUUCACGGGGUAAAGUGAUUGCCUUAAACUGUAUACGAUCUCUUAUAUACAGUAGUUCUGCUGUCAAAAUCACAAUAGUCCAUGUAUGCAAAUAUUGGUGACAUGCUCAAAUAAUAGCUACAUUUGUAAGUCAAAUUUUCUUCAUGUAUUUUCAUAUGGAAGAACAAUGACAUUUAGCCGUCAUUGUGAACUUGUAGUGUGAGUCGGGAGUGGUUGGGGUCUGCGUCCCGCACACACACACAACAUUCCCGGUCUCCCUCCAGCGCGGGGCCGAGGCCUAGCUGUGUCUCGCUACAAUAGUUAGCUCGUCCUCUGCUUGCCUCUGGGGCAGCGUUCCCCACCGUAUGUAGCCUAGGAGAAGCGCUUCUGUAACAGGUGCUGCUUGAGAAUACACGUACAGAAUUAUUA